CCCGCUCUCGCGUUACCAGUGCAGGACAACAACCGACUGAGAGAAGUAAACUUUGACAAACUCCUGAUAAAAGCCGAUUUAAAGUUGAUUAAAGUUCCUCUCCGUGAUGCGCGGCUGUAUUUAAAGUGCUCCGGCCGUGUAGCAGAUGUGGAGUGGCUGUUAGUGCUGGAUGGAGUCGGGAUUCGGUGUCCAGCGGUGGGCCGGUGGAGGCUCACCCGCCGUGGGAGCGUCGCAGCGCCGCAGGAAGGUGCCUCCGCGAGCCGCUGAUUAUAAAUUGCAGGUGAUCAUCAUCGGAUCCCGCGGCGUGGGCAAGACCAGUCUGAUGGAGAGAUUCACCGAUGACACCUUCUGCGAGGCGUGCAAGUCCACUGUGGGUGUGGAUUUUAAAAUCAAAACAGUGGAACUGAGAGGAAAGAAGAUCCGGUUACAGAUCUGGGACACGGCGGGUCAGGAGAGGUUUAACAGCAUCACUUCAGCAUAUUACCGCGGUGCGAAAGGCAUCGUGCUCGUCUAUGACAUCACCAAACAGGAAACCUUUGACGACCUGCCCAAAUGGAUGAAAAUGAUUGAUAAGUAUGCGUCAGAGGAUGCUGAACUCCUAUUGGUUGGGAACAAGCUGGACUGCGAGUCUGAUCGUGUUGUCUCACGGCAACAAGCCGAGAGGUUUGCUUCACGGAUAUCAGGUAUGCGUUUCUGUGAGGCCAGUGCCAAGGAUAACUUCAACGUGGAUGAAAUAUUUCUUAAACUAGUCAAUGAUAUUUUGAAUAAGAUGCCACUUGAAGUCCCCAGUAAGGAGCUGUCCAACAGCAUCCUAUCACUUCAGCCCGAGCCCGAUAUUCCACCAGAGCUGCAGCCUCCUCGCACUCGCUGCUGUUGAGAUUUAGCUCAAGCGCCUUAAAGCCCCAAACUCCUCCCUCACUCAGUAUUAUAACCCAACACAAGCUGUUACAGCCACCAGAGGGCGAUAUGCUCAUGUCGUGACUCCAGCCCAUAUGGAUCAGUAUUUCAUAUGUAUUCAUCCUUCGCAGUAAAUGAUUCAUAAACGAUAGACUGUUUUAUUUAAUAUAUUCCAUAUAUGGCACCUCUAGAUGCCAAUAUGGAACUUUUGAUCAAAAUACGUACACACAUUUCUUUCUGGCGCCCCAUAUUGCACUACCUCAUUUCUGGGAAGCACAGGAUCGUGUUUGUCCGACAUGUGUCUCCCCUAUCGGAGACUGCUGCAUACGCACCACACGCAUAUGCCAUAAUCCAUCAACUCUAAUUUGCUAUACUAUACAUUGCCAUUUAAUGCAUAUGUGGGACAAAGGAGACUCGACCAUGUUUCAUUUCUCUUCUGCAUUUAAAGCACACAUUUGUCAUUUUGGGAUACAUAUUUUUCACAUGCAUAAAUUUCGAGCCGAUUGCUGGUUCUUCCAGGUCUCAAAUUAAGAAGCUCUUUUCUGAAUUGAUUUGGCAUUCACAGCAAAGUGGAUGUAAAUUUCAUGCCAAGUGUAAUUGGUUUCUGUCGGCUGUGUGUUUACGAGGUGGUUCGUCCGGCCUAUUAUUAAUUGCCAGCGUUGGGGAGUUGUCUCAUUUAUUAUGACUUUAUGCCUUGCGGUCUAUCAGUGUUAGGGUGAAUCUCACAAAAACAUGUCAGGGUCACAUUUCACCCCAAAAACAUAAAGAAAAUGAAGCUGUAAAUUACAUUAUUUCAGUCAUGCGGAUGGAUGUUUUUACUUCUGACUUUUUUGUAAUUCCCAUUAUUCUAAUUUUACAGUGACAAAAAUUUCUGUAGUAAGUAGUCUUUUUUUUUAUUUUUAUUUUUUUUUAUAAUAAGCAUAAAUUUAAUGCUGUGCAUCAAAUACUACCAUGAUGCACAUCAACGCUUUUCAAUUUAAAUAAAGUACAUCGUUAUUUUUUCCAUCUUACAGUAAUGAGAAUGAGAUUUAUUCACACUACAUUAACGGCACUUUGAGUAGGUGUAAUUUUAUUGGAGCAAAUUACAAUUUCUUUCUAUUGAUGUUGGGAUGAAAUAUAACCCAUACAUGUUCUUGACAGAUUUCGUGAGAUUCGCUCGUUAUUGUUUUUGAGGAUGCCUAUUAGAUUUAAUUUUAUUUGAUGUGUUUUGCACUACAAUCUAUUCGUAGCUAGUUUACGAGCAGCUAAAAUGCUGAACGAUAGUGAAGGACCUGUGUACAGGAGAUUAAUAUUAUUGAGUCUUGUUGCUUAGAAGUCCUCUGUCAAUGCCAUUAACUUUAGUUUUGCAAAGAAAGGUCAUUAAUUGGGUGUCGCACGGGUCGAAAUAGGAAUGCGCAACUGAAAUGUUUUCGCCGAAAGGGCCAUUUCUCCACGGAGAGUAGAUGAAGGGUAUAAAGAGACAUAAAGAAACUUGGAUGGUUUUCAGCAUCAUAUACUGAAGAAUAAGACGUACACUUCUUCCUAAGACUCUCCCGUUAAUGUCAUUUUGCUACUGCUUCCAGUGAAUUUGUUGCAGUUAUAGCCGCAAUCCUUGAUUAAAUCAUCUAUAUUGCCUGUAUAGAUGAAGGACUGUAGGACAGUGAAAGGACAGUUCACUAAAAAAGGAAAAUUCUCUCAUCGUUUAUUCGCUCUCAUGCCAUCCCAGAUGUGUAUUACUUUCUUCUGCCGAACACACAGAUUUUUGUCCAUACAAUGCAAGUGAAUGGUGGUCAGAACUUUGAAGGCCCAAAAAGCGCAUAAAGGCAGAACAAAAGUAAUCCAUAAGACUCGAGUGGUCAAAUCCAUGUCUUCAGAAGUGCUAUGAUAGGUGUGGGUGAGAAACAGAUCAAUAUUUAAGUCUUUUUUUAUUGUAAAUUAUCUUCCCUGCCCAGUAUGUAGCGAUAUGCACGAAGAAUAUGAAUCACCAAAAACAAAAUAAGAAAAAUGUGGAAGUGACCGUGGAGAUUUAUAGUAAAAAAGGAUUUAAAUAUUUAUCUGUUUCUCAACCACACCUUUCAUAUCACUUCUGAAGACGGAUUAAACCACUGGAGUUGUAUGGAUUACAUUUAUGCUGCCUUAAUGUGCUUUUUGGACCUUCAAAGUUCUGGCCACCACUCACUUGCAUUGUAUGGACCUACAGAGCUGAAAUAUUCCUCUUAAAAUCUUCAUUUGUGUUUAGCAGAAUAAAGAAAGUCAGACACAUCUGGGAUGGCAUGAGGAUGAUGAUGAUGAGAGAAUUUUUAUUUUUGGGUGAACUAUCCCUUUAAAAGGACAGUUGAAAAUUCUGUCAUCAUUUACUUGUUCCCUCCGUGGAAGACAAAUGGAGAUGUUAGGCAGUAUGUUCGCUUACUAUUCGCUUACGUUGCAUCUUUUUUCCACACAAUAAAAUAAGUUGUUUUUCCUAACAUCUUUUGUGUUGAGUGAAAGAAGUCAUGAACAGGUUUAGAACAUUAUGAGGGUACCAGAAUGACAGAAUCGUCCUUUUUGGGUGAACUAUGGCUAUAUACAAUAUUACACAUAUUACAAAUGUAGUUGUGUAAUACAGCAGUACUUUUUUUUAAAAGGUGUUUUGAUGCCUAAUGCACUUGCACAUGUUAAGCACACUGGUCAUUAAUUAUUUUCUGCAAAUUUAUGGGAGUUUUAGUGGAACUCAAUAUACAAAACAAACCGUUUGUGUUUCUUAUUGGGUGAAUCUUAUGAAGUAAUAUCUUGGUAAUAUUUCCUCUUUAAAAAAAAAAAAAAAUCGAUUUAUAUUUUGCAUUAAGAAAAAUCCUAUUUUUUGGACCAGUAUGGUUUUUUUUUUUUUUUUACCCCCCAGUUGUAAUUACUGUAAUGCCCAAAAAAAUAUAAUAUAAAAAUGUUUAAUUGUCAUUACUGUUAUAUAUAUAGAGAGAGAGAGAGUAAUACAAAUAAACCCCUAAUUUUUUUAUUCAGUAUAUUGACAAUUAAAUCCAGUUUAAAAAAAAAAAAAACACUAAAAUGAUGUAUAAUUACUACAAUUAAAAAUUACAAUAAUUACGGUAUUUGUCUUGAAAGAAGUCAUAAAAAUAGGCUUUAUUAUUAUUAUUUUUUAUGUGAAAUAUGGCCCAUACGUUCUUGCCAGGUUUCGUGAGAUUCACACUGUUCAACUAACAAAAAGACGAUAGUCGUGUGUAGUGCCGAUUUGUUUAUGUUGUGUGUUUCUGAUAAAUGCGUUAACAUGAUGUGCCCAUCAGAAGCCAGUGUUAUACUGAACAGCCUAAUACCUGUGGCUGUUUUCUGUUUUAAUAUCUGACUAUUGCAUUAUUUAGCUUUUUUUGCUGUAUUUUUUCUGUUCUGUAUUAUUCUAAUAACCCCAUCUAACUCUCAGUUUUAUUUGUCAGAUUUAAAUACUAAUUGAAAGCCCAUAAAAUGUAAAAACCAACCUAAACUUAUGGUUUAUUUGUGGCAACUGUGUUAGGGAAAGUGUUUAACCUCAGAAUUGUUCAUGUUUGCAAGCUUGUGCCAUAUUAUAACCUUUUUCAAUCUUUUUCACCCAAGUGCUUUAUUUCUCUGCAGGAUUGGUGAAUUUAUUAUUUAUUAUUGAUCGUAUAUGAAUUCCUCCCAACCCUUUAGUUAGAAGUUAUUUUUCCAUUUUACUUGCGGCAACAAAAACCUAGUGUUUUCACAUUUGUUGAAGGCUUUGUCUGUUUUAAAUAUAUUUGCAGUCGUAAAUGUAUUAUAAGCUUAGCAGAUCUUCCCAAAUGGAAAUGGAAAUUCAAGUUCUUCAGAAAGACUGUCAAUGAAACAUCAGUUGUCCUGAAAAACAGAACAUAAUAUUAAUCAUUUCUAGUAGCAAUACAUGUUGCCUUUAUGAAUCUUUAGUUUUGCACAGAAUAUUUUGCCUUAUUCUUGCUUAAAUCUCUUGGCCAAUUGCAGUAUUUACAAAAACAUGAAAUGGAUUCUCAUUGCAUUGGAAAACAGAAGAGUACUUUGUACAAAUAAUACGCUGAUACUAGGUAUUUGAGACAGUUUGGCAUGUUUAAGCAGUUUUGUGGUAUUUAUAACUUGUGGCAUUCUUAAACUAAUGACGUGCAAAUAAAGAUCUAAAUUUAUUACA